AUGAGCGUCUCUGCACUGAGCUUCUUCAGACUCCAGGGCGGCAUCUUUGGGUUCCUCCAGCUGGCCUCCCUGCUCUGCCUGCUUCUGCUGCUGUUCAAGGCAGCCCAGUUCUACCUGCGCAGGCAAUGGCUGCUCAAAGCCAUCCAGCAGUUCCCAUCCCCGCCCUCCCACUGGCUCUUUGGGCACAAGCAGAUCCAAAUGGACCAGGAACUGCAACUGCUGCUGAAAUGGGUAGAGAAAUUCCCAAGUGCCUGUCCUCGCUGGGUAUGGGGAAGUAGGAUCUUCUUCAUGGUUUAUGAUCCUGACUACAUGAAGAUGAUUCUGGGGAGAUCAGACCCCAAAGCUAAAACUACUUACAGAUUCCUGUCUCCCUGGAUUGGGUAUGGUUUGCUCCUGUUGAAUGGGGAGACAUGGUUCCAGCACCGCCGGAUGUUGACCCCAGCCUUCCACUAUGACAUCCUGAAGCCCUACCUGGGACUCAUGGCUGACUCUGUCAGAGUGAUGCUGAACAAGUGGGAGAAGCUUACCAACCAGGACUCAUUUGAGAUCUCUCAAGACAUCUCUUUGAUGACUCUGGACUCCAUCAUGAAGUGCGCCUUCACUUAUCAAGACAGUGUUCAGCUGGACAGGAAUUCCCAGUCCUACAUCAAGGCUAUUAGUGACCUGAGCUACUUGAUACCUUCUCGUGUGCGGAAUGCCUUUCAUCAGAAUGACAUCAUCUAUAGACUGACCUCUGCUGGUCGCUGGACCAACCAUGCCUGCCAGAUUGCCCAUAAGCACACAGACCAAGUGAUCAGGCAGAGGAAAGCUCAACUGAGGGAUGAGGGAGAGCUGGAGAAGAUCAAGAAGAAGAGGCACUUGGAUUUCCUGGACAUCCUCCUGUUUGCCAAAAUGGAGAAUGGGAGCAGCCUGUCUGAUGAGGACCUGCGUGCCGAGGUGGACACCUUCAUGUUUGAGGGCCAUGACACCACAGCCAGUGGUAUCUGCUGGAUCUUCUAUGCUCUGGCCACACACCCUGAGCAUCAGAAGAAGUGCAGGGAGGAGGUCCAGAGCCUCCUGGGGGAUGGAGCCUCCAUCACCUGGGACCACCUGGACCAGAUGCCCUACACCACCAUGUGCAUCAAGGAGGCCCUGAGGAUCUAUCCACCAGUACCAGUUAUAGGCAGAAAACUCAGCAAACCUAUCACCUUUCCUGAUGGACGUUCCUUACCCAAAGGUAUCCUUGUCUCACUAUCCAUUUAUGGCCUUCAUCACAACCCGAAGGUGUGGCCAAACCCAGAGGAGUUUGAUCCUUUCCGAUUUGCACCCGGUUCUACUCGACACAGCCAUUCAUUCCUGCCUUUUUCAGGAGGAUCUAGGAACUGCAUCGGGAAGCAAUUUGCCAUGAAUGAAAUGAAGGUGGCCGUGGCUCUUACUCUGCUUCGCUUUGAGCUGCUGCCGGAUUCUACCAAAGUCCCCUUCCCCGUGCAACGUAUUGUGUUAAAGUCCAAGAAUGGGUUCCACCUGCAUCUCAGGAAGCUCCACUAA